CAAAUCAAAAAUUUGGACUCAUUUUAAUGUAAAUAAAGGAAUAGCUACCUGUAAAGAAUGCGAUCAAACGUGCCCUCAAGCUUAUGUGGUAAAAGACAAUGGACCUAUAAUAAAGUUAAAGGCACAUCUUGAAAAGCAUGGCAUUAAUAUACAAAAUGUGCUAAAUUGUGAUGGAUUACCAAAACGAAGGAAAUCACUAGCCUGGAAUUAUUUUAAUGCGGAGAAUGGUAUGGCUCAAUGUAAUAUAUGCUCAACGAGAUAUAAAACUUAUUUGGGAUGUACGACUGCUUUAAAGAAACAUCUUAAAAAUGCCCAUCAAAUUCAUGUCCCUAAUGUGAAAGAAAAUAAAGGAAUACAAAUACGAAGCAAUGAGGAAGGUACAAAUGUAGAAGCAGGAGACGGCGGAGAAUCUAAAAAUAUUAUAGCAGGAGAUCGUGAAGGAGUUCCAUAUGUUAAAGCAGGGGACGGAGAAGAAGCUGCAAAUGUUGAAGGAGAUGGUGAAGAAGCAUCAGAUAGUGACGCUACGGUUUCAGAUUUCAACUAA